AAAGUGGGUGUUCAUGAAACUUUUUCAUUAAUCAAGUCAAUAUUAUUGUCGAUUUUCCGAUAAUAAGCUAAUGCAAAAAAUCUACUACGCGAAAUUAUAGUUCGAAACAAUUCAUUUUUGUGAUGAAUACAUAAAAUACAGACAUGGAAGGAUUGCCUUCUGGUGAUAUCCAGGCUAAAUAUCAAAAAUUAGCUGCAGAAUAUUCAAAGUUGCGAGUUCAUGUUAAGGUGUUGAAAAAAGGUGUAUUAGAUGAACAGGCUAAGACAAAUGAAUUGCGAGAAGUAUUGAAAGAGAAGGAGAAAUCAUUGCGUAAAGGGGAAUUAGAGAUAGAUUCACUUUCUUUUAGGAAUCAACAACUAACACGACGAGUAUCCGUUCUACAAGAUGAAAUUGAACAAAAACAGAGCAAAACAACAAAAAAAACAAAAAGCAAAGAUGAUAAAGUAGUAAAUAAUAGCAGCCCUUCACAUUUAGAUGCAGGUUUACUCCAGGAAGAGCUCCAAAAGAAAAUUAUUGAAAAUGCCCAGUAUGCAUCACAGCUAUCUGAUAAAACAUUUGAAAUAUCUCAAUUGAAGGCAUCAAUAGAAGAUUGCAAUCGUCACAUGAGUGAAUGUGAGAGUAGGUAUAAGUGUGAAAUAGCUAAGUUAAAGAACAAGAAUCAAGAUCUACAAUUUGCCUUGGAAGAAGCCCGUAAGGAGAAGCUUGGAGGGACCACAAAAGUCCAAGCUGGAAGUUUGGCCAGCUGUAAUGGUGACUUUUUAUCGGAAGGUGGCAGUUUGAUUGGUAGUGAGGAUGCUCUUAGUUCUGUGGAUGACUUGAAUGUUACUGAGCAACUUGGCAACAAGUUACAUAAUUUGGAACUGGAAACCCAAAAGCUUCGUAUGGAGUAUGGCCUACUGGAGAUGGAGAAUGACAGCUUGAAGCUGGAAGUCAGUAAGCACGUAUCAGCCGCUCAGAGACGACGCGCUGACGCCCACGACUCUGGAGAUUUCAAUGCCUUCAACCAGACUUCUGUUGACGGUGAGGGUCGUGUCACGGGUUUGCUUGGAAGUCUUCACGUUCCAUUUUUGCUUAACGAGGAAAUUGAGCAGCGCGAGGAGAGAAUGACGGCCUACUUCCGCAAAAAGAUCACAGCGCUUAAUGCUGAGAGAGAUGAAAUGCUGAGCAAUAUUGAGUGUUAUGCUAAAGAAUGUGAAAUUUUGCGACAUCGUUUCGAAGAGUUGGAGCGCGAAAAGGAAGCCGAUAAUAACACGAUAGAGGACAAACACAAUACUAUCAGUCGACUGGAAGAAGAGCUCCAGUCUACGUCUCACAAUUACGAGCAACAGAUGUCGCUGUUGACGGAGCACUUGGCGGCCCUGAACGACCAGCUCGCCGCUCAACACGACUCCAUAGAGCAUCUUAAGCAUCAACUAGCUACCAGGAAGAAAUAAACGAGAAAACUCAAACGUCAACAAAAUUUAAAGCAGUAUACACAAAAAAAUAAACAUCGAAUUGAUUUAACUUUUGGUUUUUUAAGUCGGUUAGAAAGGUACCUUGAUUGGAGUUCUGGAGGAUGAUAGUCAUUGGGUUACGAAUUCUUCGUAGCUAAAUAUUAAUUAUCGAGAUCAAACUCCCGUUUGAUUCCCGAAUUUUCCUCUUAAUGUCAUUAUAUCAAAUUCGCUGUCUAAUUAACGGAUCGUAGCAAUUACGACAGGUAUGUUGCGUAGCGUAAGUGAACCAUGGAGAUGGUUAAUAGUUUUUUCUCAAAUCAUCUACGACAACUGAAUUCUGAAGCAAAUCAAGUUAUUUAACAAAAAGUACAGUCUGUACUUUUCAGUAUCAAUGUAUUUUGUUGAUGUUUGAUAAUUUACCAAAUUAGGAAAAAUCUAAAAGAUUAUCUUUUGAGUAGUUAGGAGAAGUAGUUUAGUGUAGGUAGGAAAAAUACAAAUAUUAUACUUCCAUUAAAAUAUAUAAAUGUACCCUCAUAUUAGUUUUUUUUUGUUGUCAAUUGAGUACAGUGUGGUGUACUGUUUUAACUGUUUAUAUCGCUCUAUUUACCUCCUAUAUAUAAGCAUGAAGGCUCACGCUGAGUCAAGUGUUAAUUUAUAUAUAGGUAUAUAUAUAUAUAUAUAUGCCCCAAAUUUGCGUUCAGCUUUUGUAUGUUGCUUUCAUACACAUUUUAGUCUGUUUAAUUCUUACACACAAUAGCGAAGCGACAAUAAAUUUAACGAAGGUUAAUUUAUUGUCGUAAAUAACUUAAUACGAAAUCACAGAACUUUUUGUUCGUAAUUUUAUAGUUUAUAAGUGCGACUCUCUGGAUCUCAUAAAUUAAAAACAAUAAAUUUGGAACAGUAAAUAUAGAUUGUAGUGAGAUUGCUUUUUAACGUUUAUUAAUUUAGUAUUGUCUUGCUAUAAGAAUAUAAUAUACUGAGCGGAGUUUGAAUUUACCAAAGAUCUAAUCAAUGGUAUAAAAAGUAGGUUUGAUAAAAGCUGCAUUACUAUAUAUUUAAAGUUCUUUAUCUCCGUGUUAUUUUUAUAAUUCCUAUUCUUACCUUAAGGCUAUCUUUAUCAUGCUUUUGGCUAGUGAAAUCAAUUUGGUAUUUUUGGGCGUUUAUUGGACUUAUGUUAUGCAUUCGAAUUAUGUAAAAACUGCAUAAUGUAAAAAUUGUAAAUAUAACACACAUGUUGCACUAACGAUCAUAUAACUGUAUUAUGUACGUGUAAUAUAAUGUAUUAUAUAUAGAUAUUUCUAAAUCAUUGUGAUUAAAAUGAAGUUACACAUUUCA